CAAGAAUAGAAACCAGCUCAUUCACCUGAGAGACACCUGGCAGGAUCUUACCGCACACAUCUUACAAGUUGCUGACUUGUCCCUAGAAUCUUCAGGAGGACAUGGAACAGAAUAGACCAUCUGUAAAAUGGUUUAUUGAAACACAGUCACACUGGUUUAUACAAAAUGGAAUCCCUGAAUGGUUUCAUGGCGUGAUCACAAGGAAAGAAGCAGAGAAUUUGCUACAGGAUAAGACACCAGGAUGUUUUCUCAUCAGAGUUAGCGAAAGCCGGAUUGGAUAUAGCUUGUCCUACAGGAUACUGGAUCGCUACAGACAUUUUAUGAUUGAUAUUUUAAAGGAUCAGCAGUGUAUUAUUGCAGGUGAUACAAGAAUCCACUUGACGUUGGAUGACCUAGUAAAAUUUCAUAAACAAUUUCCUUUGCAUUCAUAUAAUGAAAUUUUAACUCUUCCGUGUGGUCAGAAAUCAGAUGCAUCUAAAGACUAUGAAGAAUUAUUCGAGGAUAGGAAAACAUUUGCAACACCUUUGCCGAUGCCAUCAAAGGCUUCCGUUGGUGCUUUAGCUGCCUCUGGUGCAACAUUGCAGCCAGCCUGCCCCCCCAUACCACGCAGAAGAUGUCAAACUCCUAAACCUAGUUCUGAAACCCUGAGUACUCCGUGUAUCCUACCUCCAAAUCAGCCAGUAAACAGACUUUACCCAACACUACCAACACAACUCCCAAUGUCAAACAAUAGUCAUUUUGUGUUAUCAAAUACACAUCCAGCUAUGACAAAGUCAAAUUCUUUAGAUUCACCAUUUCCCCCUGAAGCUCUUGACACAAAUUCUCAAAUUAAACAAGAAGAGAUGCAAGGGCAUACGUCAGCGAAACCAUUGAAAGCUUAUCGGAAUGCAGUGACAAAAUCUGUAUCUUUAAUGACGGAGGGGAAAAUAGCUCAAGAUUUCAAGAAAAUGGAAACUGCUAUGGCGACACACUUGAGAAGUGUGAAGGAAAAUUUUGAGCGCUUUGGACAAACAGGACAAAGAGAUGGAAGCCCAAAACUUAAAGUUAAACACACAACAAUACCAGAGGAGUACAAGGCACCUCCCCCAUUUGCGCCAGGCUUUCCUUAAAUGGAACUUGCUGAGCUGAAAAACUGACAAGGCAACAUUGAUGUAC